AGAGGAAAAAUGGAAACAUAUUUUCCUUUGAUUCUGCUUGCCACAGUGGUUAUGGCGAAGCCACUAUCUUUUGGGACAAAAGAAAACCAACUUUCUUACAACUACUACGAGUUUUCAUGCCCAAACUUGGAAACUGUAAUCAAGAGUGAAUCGCUAAGCUUAUUCUUGACAGAUGCUACUGCACCAGCAGCAUUUCUCAGGCUCAUGUUUCAUGACUGCCAAGUUCAAGGAUGUGAUGCCUCAAUUUUGUUGGACUCCAACUACCUUACUUCCAGCUCUGAAAUGAUUUCUUCGAGAAACUUUGGCAUCAGAAAGCGGGACACGAUUAGUCACAUAAAGUCAGUAUUAGAAGAAGAAUGUCCAGGACAGGUGUCUUGUGCAGAUAUCAUUGUAUUAGCUGCUAAGGAAUCAGUGUCUUUCUCUGGAGGACCCCAUAUUCAAGUCCCGCUUGGAAGAAAAGACUCUAGAAAAUGUAGUUUCGAGGAGGCUGAUGCUGAGCUUCCUUCACCGACAAUAACGGUUGAUGAAUUUUUAUCCAUUUUCAUGUCUAAAGGAAUGAACAUUGAAGAAUCUGUUUCCAUUUUAGGAGCGCAUACGCUAGGUGUUGGACACUGCUUAAACAUUGCUGGCAGAUUGUAUGAUGCACGGCCAAGGGACAACAUGGAUUUUGAGUUUGAAGCCUCACUAAGAAUGGCAUGCCCAACUGAGAUUCCUCUGACAAACCUCACAUUUGUGCCUAAUGACAUGACCCCCGUGAUAUUUGACAACCACUAUUACCGAGACAUUAUAAUGGGGAGAGGCUUGUUUGGUAUUGACGCAAGCAUUUCUAGACAUCCCCGAACUGCACCCUUUGUCAUGCGGUUUGCUAUGGAUCAGAACUACUUCUUCGAGGCUUUCUCAUCUGCAUUUGUUAAGCUAUCUUCGACCAAUGUUCUCACAAAUGGGCACGGUGAAGUCCGAAGGCAAUGCAACCGGGUAAACUAA